AUGUGCACAAUGUCGGUGCUGUGUCCAUUGUGUGCGGUCCCCAGUUUUGGGAGCAUCGAUGCAUUGCAGCAGCGUCUGAUAAAGGCAGCCAAUGGGCCACUCGCCUGUCCCUUUCCACAAUGUGCCGAAUUAUUUUUGGGUCUGGACAAACUAACCAUCCAUUUGUUUACGCAUACCAGUCUUAUGAUGAUGUCAGAGCCACAAGCGACAUUGACAAGUUCUCCGACAGCUGCAACAGCAACAGCAACAACAACAACGGCAGCAGCAGCAGCAGCAACAACUGUGAAACGGAAAGGCAAGAAAGCGGCCAAGCAUCCAAUAUUAGCGUCGAAAAGUCAAAGGGACUUGGAGCCAACACUAGGUGGUAAUCCGAUUGCCCAGAUUCCUGCCAGUUGUGACAUUUGCGAGUUCAAUUUUCGAAACAGCGAGCUUCGGGACAUGCACUGCCGCCUGGUGCAUGAGAAUGUUGUCGAGUGCAACAGCAACAGCAUUACAGCGGCAACAACAACAACUUGCCAGGAGCCCUAUAAGUGCCAUCUCUGCGCCAAGACCUUCAAGAUGAAGGGUUCGCUUCGUCUGCAUCUGAAGGUGGUUCACAUGCUGGGCUUGCCCUACGUCAACGAUACACCCAAGCUCAACAUAUGCGAUCGUAUACGCCACAAGGAGGCGAAUGCGUUGGGCGGCAGCAACGCGCUAGCCAGCGCAACCACCUUAAAUGGUGCCACAACUUCCACACAGCCCUAUGCAUUGAGUGGUGCAUUGAGUAUGCUGACACAACCACCGGUGCCAACGGCUCUCGGUAGUACCGGGAAUGUCACGAACGAAGCAGAGCCCUCCACGGAUGCUAAUCCCAAGAUAUGGGAGUGUGAUGUGUGUGCCAAGAAUUUUACCACUAAGUACUUUCUGAAGAAGCACAAACGCCUGCACACCGGCGAAAUGCCCUACACUUGUCAGAUUUGCGCACGCACCUUCACCUUCCAGCAGUCCUAUCACAAGCAUUUGCUCUAUCAUAGUGAGAUCAAGCCGCACGUUUGCGCUAUCUGUGGCCGGGCCUUUAAGGAGCUAUCUACGCUGCACAACCACGAGCGUAUCCACAGCGGGGAAAAGCCCUUCAGGUGCGAGGUGUGCGGAAAGUGCUUUCGACAGCGUGUUUCCUUUCUCGUGCACACACGAAUCCAUACUGGCGUCAUGCCCUACAAGUGUGAGCUGUGCCAGAAGAGCUUUCGCUAUAAGGUGUCCCAGCGCACCCACAAAUGUGUGCCUGCUGGCAGCGGCGAGGCCCAGUCGCCGGAACAGUUGAUUCAAGCAUUUCUGGAGUGCAAUGCCAGCAACGAGGCGGAUGCAGUGCAGCAUUCACCGGCAAGCGCGGAAAUAGCUGCCAUCAAUGGCAGUUGUGUGGACGCCGUCGAGCAGAAUGAGGCUCUGCUCUCGCAGGCCAUCGAUGAUAUUGUUGUGGAGAGCUGUCAGAAGUUGGGUAUUGGGGCUCUGGAGCAGCAACAGCAUCAGCCGGAGACUAAUAUCGUUAGCAUUUGCAAUUACAAUGGAAGCGAUUCCCCAUUGCAGCAACUGGAACGUUUGCGUCUCUAUUCGCCACAAUUAGUCGCCGCCAGAGAGGAGACGCCAGCUGAUGCCAAUGGUGUGCCGGCCAGUGAGCUGUUCGGCCGGUUUCUGAUGGACUCCACGUAACGGUAAUCAGCAUAUAAGAGCAUUCACAGUAGGCAUAUUAAUUAUUAAUUUUACAAAUCAAUUAAAUAAUUGUUGCAAUAUGUAAAAAAUUUCAAUACAAAUUUAUUACAAAUUGCGUAUUUCCAACAGUUUUAGAUCAGAGGAAAAAGUUUGAAAUAGUUAAACAAAUUUUAAUGCUGAGUAAAAAGCUGAUUUCUAAUCGUUCCCAAGGAACUAAGCUCUUAUUCUCAUA